CUUCGGAAGUUGGAGAGGAAAGAGAAGGGGCAGGGGAAAGGGAGCACGUGAAGUGGCAAAGGCCAGAGGCAGAGCCGCAGAGAGAGCCGCAGAGACACUCACAUUCUUCCUUCUUCCUCUUUCUUUCUGAUGAAUCCCCCAAUCCACCAUAUCCCUUCCCUUCUUUCCCCUCUAACCCUCAAACCCAAUCCACUGUUUGCUUUCCUUCUUCCUUCCUGCGGACCCUCAACUCUACUCAACCUCAUCAUCAUGCUUCUUCAAUCCCUUCCCCAUUCUCCCCUCUCAGAUCUCUCUGGAGAUUGCCUUCUCUGCUAACCCUUCAUCCAUGGUACCAGAUGGACUGAAUUUUUAGUUAUGGAACUGGAACUCUGUUUCUUCUUAUGCCAUGCCGUUUUUACUGUUUUUCCACUCCUCCAUCUUGCUUCUGCUACCCUCUCUCCUUCUGGUGUCAACUACGAAGUCGUGGCUUUGAUGGCCAUCAAAAAUGAUUUGAUAGACCCCCACAAUGUUUUGGAGAAUUGGGACUCUAAUUCAGUGGAUCCUUGUAGCUGGAGAAUGGUUACAUGUUCUCCAGAUGGAUACGUUUCUGUUCUGGGGCUACCCAGCCAGAGUUUGUCAGGACUCUUAUCCCCGGGGAUUGGAAACCUCUCUAAGUUAGAAUCAGUGCUGCUUCAGAACAAUGACAUUUCGGGGCCAAUUCCUGCAUCCAUUGGAAAGUUAGAGAACCUCCACACUCUUGAUCUCUCCAAUAAUGUAUUUAGUGGCCAAAUACCCAGUUCCCUUGGGGACUUAAACAAGCUCAACUAUUUGCGACUAAAUAACAACAGCCUAACUGGACCUUGUCCUGACUCUCUAUCCAAAGUUGAAGGUCUCACACUCGUGGACCUUUCAUACAACAACUUGAGUGGCUCCUUGCCCAAAAUAUCAGCAAGAACAUUCAAAAUUGUUGGUAACCCUCUGAUCUGUGGUCCAAACAACUGUUCUUCCAUCUUUCCGGAGCCGUUUUUGUUUGCCCCAGAUGCUCUAGAAGGAAAUUUGGGAUUUGGUAAGAGCCACCGCAAGGCAAUUGCUUUUGGGGCAAGUUUUAGUGCUGCUUUUAUUGUAUUAGUCCUUAUUGGACUACUUGUCUGGUGGAGAUACAGACACAACCAGCAGAUUUUCUUUGAUGUAAAUGAUCAAUAUGACCCAGAGGUACGUUUGGGUCAUUUGAGAAGGUACACAUUCAAGGAACUUCGGGCAGCAACUGAUCAUUUCAACUCAAAGAAUAUCUUGGGAAGAGGUGGGUUUGGAAUUGUGUACAAGGGAUGCUUAAAUGAUGGGACUCUGGUAGCGGUUAAAAGGUUGAAGGAUUAUAACACCGCUGGUGGGGAGAUUCAAUUUCAGACUGAAGUUGAGAUGAUAAGUUUAGCUGUGCACCGAAAUCUUCUCAGGCUUUUUGGCUUCUGUUCUACUGAGAGUGAAAGACUUCUGGUUUACCCUUUCAUGCCCAAUGGAAGCGUUGGAUCUCGUCUAAGAGAUCAUAUCCAUGGGCAGCCGGCUCUAGAUUGGGCAAUGAGAAAGAGAAUAGCCUUGGGCACAGCUAGAGGAUUGGUGUACUUGCACGAGCAGUGUGACCCUAAAAUCAUCCAUCGUGAUGUAAAAGCUGCCAACAUUCUCCUUGACGAAGAUUUCGAGGCCGUAGUUGGAGACUUUGGGUUGGCCAAACUUCUGGAUCACAGAGAUUCUCAUGUGACUACAGCAGUGCGUGGCACGGUUGGCCAUAUUGCUCCAGAGUACUUAUCAACAGGACAAUCAUCAGAAAAGACUGAUGUUUUUGGGUUUGGAAUAUUGCUUUUGGAAUUAAUUACUGGUCAAAAGGCUCUGGAUUUUGGUCGAGGAGCAAACCAGAAAGGCGUGAUGCUCGAUUGGGUGAAGAAGUUGCACGAGGAAGGAAAGGUGAAUGUGAUGGUGGAUAAGGAUCUAAGAGGUAAGUUCGACAGAGUUGAGUUGGAGGAAAUGGUCCAGGUGGCCCUGUUAUGCACUCAAUUCAAUCCUUCUCACCGACCCAAAAUGUCUGAAGUAUUAAAAAUGUUGGAAGGCGAUGGGUUAGCUGAGAAAUGGGAAGCGUCGCAGCACAUAGAUGCGCCAAGAUACCAGCGAGCGUGCGAGAAUCCCCCUCAACGGUACUCAGACUAUAUAGAAGAAUCUUCUCUGAUUGUAGAAGCGAUGGAGCUUUCAGGCCCCAGAUGACAGCCUUCAUUUCCUUUCUUGUGUAAUUCGGUGUUGCGUAGAAAAAAUGUGAUGGGUUGGCGUUGAUAGUGUUGGUGUGUAAUUCUUGUGUAAAAAGAAAACAAGAGGAGGAAGAGUAAUGCAUGGUGUUUGGUUUUUUGAAUGUA